AUGAAGCUAACGAGUUCAAAUAAACCUUCUGAUAUCUUUAAGCAUAAACAAAGAAGAAAAAAUAGGCGUGAAAUCCCCACAAGAUUCAGCCUUGACACCUUAAAGUAUCAGUCCAACAGCAUGGCAUACAACGAAGAGAUAAGGCAUCACUCUUUAAAUCCUGAAGAUAACUUCCUACGUGAAAGAAAACCGCGGUCUGCUUCUUCAGAAAGCAGCAAGACUGAGGGUCUUAUCGUAUCUCCCGAAGAUCAUUUUCUCACACAAACACUUAACUUAGUGGACAAACUGCAGGCUAACCCAGAACCAUGUAAUAUCCCAGGAAAGAGAAUCAUAAUCUUGAAAACCCAAAAGUUCAAACCAGACCAAUUCUUCCCUGUGUUUAUGGAGGAGGUGAAGAGAACUGUGCAGAUAGCCAACACAAUCAAUGAUCUACUUCUGUACACGAAAUCUCCACCUGAGUCAUUCCUGGAUAUGUUCUUCGCCAUGACUCAAUCGCUUGUAGAAACCGGACCUUUAGUUACAGGUUGUGCCAUAGCGUUCAACCUCAUGUCUACUGCACCUCCUUCAUUGUCCCCAGCUACGUCUCAAAGCUCACCAACAUCAAGAUCGUCCCAACCAUCUUAUGAGCUGCAGUCACUGUUCCCUUACUCCUACCGGUCGCGAGAUGGAUCUGUUGUAGUUACGGACCUCUCCAGACUGUACAAGCCACAGACAACAACGUGGUUCUCGGUUCAUGUCAACAAGUCAACAGAAAGCCUCCUGAAGACGCGAAACAGAAUAUACGCCAACAAAACGGACGUAGGCAACGUGACAUCUUUCAAUGCUAAAUGGAACAAAACAGUUUCAGUCACAGCGGAGGAUGGCUAUUGGGCUACGCCCUAUUACGACUGCCUUUUGCGAAGUUGGGUCAUUCAGUAUUCAAUCCCAUUCUACCAGCUGAAAGGAGUAACACCGGAAUUCAAAGGUGUCGUCCUGUUGGAGGCCAACUUUGAAGCCAUUCAAAUCAAUCAAUGCGCUAACGAUGGCUCCCUCUUCUCGAACACUCAUCGUUGCAGACGAGCAUCUACAGAGUUUAACUGCUUGCUCAUGACGACGCCAUCUUCACCCUCCACGCCACAGAGUGCGGAGGUUGAACCCAUUGUGGCGUAUGACAUUUUAGUUCGUGGGAUUCCUCUGGGUAUUCAAAGUUUUUGCAUGACCGUUUCUGUUGUCAUAGGAACGGUCAUCAUCUGUUUGAGGAAAACAAAGGUGAUGAGAUCCAGUAUAUGGAUCCUUUUGGAAAUGCUUUUAUUUGGAGCUAUUUUACUUUAUGCCACAGUAGUCAUACAGUACUUUGAGCCGACCACAACAACAUGUUUACUGCUGCCCUGGUUUAGAGAGGUUGGUUUUGCUGUGGUCUAUGGGGUUCUGGUGCUGAAAAUUUACAG